CACACACAUAUAUAUUAAAAAUAAUCCAUAAAUGCUGAAAACAUACUUAAGAAAAUAGGCCAUGGUGUCCUCUGGCAAUAUUUACGUUUUUGUGGAUACGGUCACAUGAUAGAAUGGGAUUUCUCUCCACUUUUUUUAUUCUAUAAUUAAAUGGGUCAUUUAGUUAAUCUUGUUAUUACAAUUAUGUUUGUUGGAGAAAAAGUUGAACUUAGGGUGGAUUUUUAUUUUUAUUUUUAAAUAUAGAAUUUACAAGAAAAAUAAUAUAAAGAUUAAAUUUUUAAAAACCUAAAUGAUUUGGUUUGAACAUUUAUUUAUUUAAUUAUUUGUAUUUCAAAUAAUUUAACACUGAACAUUUCAUCCCUUUUCCUAAAGCUUUGAUUGUAUUGUUCUGAAACGUAAUACACAUAUUUUCUUGGUAGUCUCCACAAAAUAAUAAAGAUGUCUAAACUUGUAAAAACUUUUUUUUUUUUUUUUUUUUUUAAUUAAUGAGAUUGUAAAAUUGAAAUAGAAAUCUUGAUUGGUUAAUUCUGAAACUUAGUACCUGUAUUCUACAGUGAUUAUCUGGAGAUACCUUCACAAACUAAUAGAUAAAAUUAACAUAGCUACUUUUAUUAUAGAUUAUUUUAUUUUAUUUCUUUAAUGUUAAGACUUUAACAUAACUGUCCAGCCAUUCAAAUAUAAUUUUCUUUCAGUCAUACUCCAUCUACCACCUCGUCAUCCAGUCAGGCUGGUCAGUCGUGUACACCGACCCGUUCAAGCACAGUAACUGUGGUUGAUAGUCCAACCAAAGGCCAGGAAUCUACCAGGAGCAACGCAAGUAAUACUAGUAAAACAGCUGAUGAUGUUUCCAAUGUCAAGAAAUGUAAGGUGAAAAAUACUACACUAAGACUUAAAACAGUAAAAUCGUGGGGAUUUGAGUGGUUGGAUUUUGAGUGUAAGACUGAGCAUAAUAUUGCACAUGUAAUCACAGUGUGGUGUAAAACAUGCAAGAAAGCAUAUGAUAACCAUAAUACAUUCAUCCCAAAGGAAAUCUGCAAUAUGACACAUGCCGAGAAUGCAAAGUCAUCAGAGUUUGAUCUUAUUGCAGCUUAUAUUAAUGGUACUUCAAAUGUAAAAAAAAGACACGGCAGUCACACAUGGAAAAUCCAAAAAUCAUAGAGAUGCUGUCAGUAAAAACAAGAACACUGAGAGAAAUAUAAUUGCCUGCUCAUUCCUUAAAAUGGAUGAAGUUGUAAAAUCGAGAAUGUGUAAACUCUUUGACAUAGCAUAUACUGUGGCAAAAUGCGAGUUGCCUUUUACAUUUUAUCCUACUAUGGUUGCCGUGGAAAAUAAACAUGGGGUAGAUACUGGGACAAGUUACCUCCAUGACAAACAAUGUUCAAAUUUUAUUGAGCAUAUUGGUGAGACAAUGACAAAUGAAGUACAAGAACUAUUUCAAGCAAAACCUUUCUAUUGUUCUAUUAUGUUUGAUGGAAGCACAGACAAAACUCUGGCUGAGAAAGAAGUAAUUAGCAUCAAAUUACUACAGAACGGCAAACCAACAAUUAAGGUUUUAGGAAGUAGAUGAUAUCAAGGAAGCCAUAGAUAGAAAGUGUUUGGACAUGAAGCUGGAUCUCUCCUCCUCGUGUGUUGCAGUUGCAGCAGAUGGAGCUUCCGUUAACUUUGGGACCAAAGGAGGGGUUUUAAAGAAGCUGCAGAAUGAGAUGCCUUGGAUAAAAAUGAUACACUGCUUGGCUCAUCAACUGGAAUUGGCUUUGUCAGAUGCUUUCAAGGAAACCUAUUACAAAGACACAGUGGAUGACUUGAUGAUGCACCUUUAUUAUAUGUACAGACGAUCAGCCAAGAAAUGGAAAGAACUGGAGCGCUUAUCCGAGUCGAUGAAUGAACAUAUUGUCAAGCCAAGCAGGUCACAGGGCACUUGUGGGAUCGAUCAUCGCCGGAAAGCAUUAAAAGCACUUGAACGUGACUACACCUGCUUGGUGUGCCAGUUAAAAGACAUGGCGUCUGGGCAAAGAAAGAAUAUCAAACCAGCAGAUCAAGCAAAAAUGAAUGGCUAUCUAAAAAUCCUUAAAUCACACAAAUUCAUUUUGCAUGUUGCUGCAUACAAAGAUUUGGUAGAAGACUUAGCUUCACUCUCUCUCUGUCUGAAACAAGAUGAUUUGGCAGUUUCAAAUGUAAGAACCAGGAUUGAAGCUGUUUGUCUAUCUCUGAAAGCAAAACAAACCCAAUAUGGAAGACAGCUGUGCAACAUAAUCAGUCAAACAACUGAAGAGAAUCAACACACAUUCCGAGGUGUGACGCUAUUAUCAGGUGCUAACACCAUGACAGACUUUGCAAAACAUCAUACCAAGUUAAUUCUCAACAUCACUGAGUGUAUUGAAUCUCGAUUCGUUACAUUUAUUCAAGACAACAUCUUGAUGUCAGCUGACAUAUUUGAUCCAGCCAACUUGCCAACUGAACAGGGAGAUCUUGCCAUAUAUGGGAACCACGAUGUGGAUUCACUGAUUGACCACUUUGAACAUAUCCCGUCUUCUCAAUGUGAUGUCAGUGCGGUACAUGGGGGAAUGGAUGAUGCUGAAGUUGGAUCUCUCAAAAAAUCACAAGACCAUGACAUAUGCAGCAAUCUGGGAAAAAUUUUUCACUGAAAAACAAAGUCUGUAUCCAAACAUCCUCCAACUUGUACAAAUCGUUCUGGUCUUCGCCGUCUCUACCUCUCAAGUUGAAAAGCAAUUCUCCUGCAUAAAGAGAAUACUGGGAGACUGGCGACUCAAUUUGAAAUUGAGCACUAUGGAGCAUCUUCUACCUGCUGUAAUGAGAUGGAACAGCAGCAGUGUUUGUUCAAGGAGACCAGAUACGUCAUAAUCUCUCUCCACCAAAGUUGUCUUUAAGGACACCACAAAAUAAUUAAAAUACUGUUUUGUUUAAUGACACCACUACAAUACUUUGAUUUAUUGAUGAAUGACCAAUUUAACAGAAUUACAGAUAAAGGUUUUUUUCUGGUUA